CAGCCGGCGUCGCGAGCAGUGCGCGUGUCACCAUGAGCGUACUCGACACGAUCUCGCGUUUCGUAGUGUUCAACCUCCUUACUGUGUUCUAUAGUAUCCUGACAUUAGCGUAUUUCGCUGUGAGAUAUGUCAAGAACCCCUUUGCGGACCCUUGGGCUCAGAAGCUGCGACUGGAACCGCCGGCCUGCCUGACGGACCCUAAAUAUGGAGUACAUAAGUACAUUAAAGUUAAUAAUGUCAAGUUACAUUACGUGGAAAGUGGCGAUCCGUCUAAACCCCUCAUGAUAUUUCUGCAUGGGUUCCCUGAAUUUUGGUACUCUUGGAGACAUCAAAUCGUCGAGUUCAACAAAGAUUAUUGGUGUAUUGCUGUGGACAUGCGAGGGUACGGAGACUCGGAGCGGCCAGACGACGUAUCUGCAUACCAUAUUGAUCUCCUGGUGGAAGAUGUUCGGGAUCUAAUACGUCAGUUAGAACGAGAAAAGUGCAUCCUAUUGUCGCACGACUGGGGUGGCCUGAUCGCGUGCCGCUUCCGUGAUGUCCAUCCAGACGCAUUGGACGGGCUGGUCAUGUUGUCCAGCACUUCCCGGGAGACCUGGCUCCACGAACUAGUACACAACUCGGAGCAGAGGAAAAUGUCUUGGUACGUCCUGUUGUACCGCGUGCCAUCCAUUGCUGAGAAGCUGAUCACGAUGGAUGAUUUGGCAUUGUUCGACAAGUGCAUUCCCGCCAAGCCCGGCAGCCUUGACGUCGAGUGCUACAAGUACUGGUUCGGGAAACCUACUGCCGUUACUCCACCAAUCAACUACUACCGCGCGAAUUUCGUAUACACCUUGCCCGACAAAGCCCGCUGCGAGCGUCCCAUCCCAAUGCUUGUCGCCAACGGCGAAGACGACAAAUAUCUCGCGCAGACCAUCCUAGACCGCAUGAAGUCGGAAUACGCACACAUUGAAACAAAACUCGUCCCAGGCUGUGGACACUUCAGUAUGCAAGAACAACCGGAAGUCGUUAACAAGCUAGUGAGAGAGUUCCUAGGGAAACAUAAACUUUAAAAUAAGUAGGUUAUUAUGUACAAAAGCUUUACCAUUGUUUUAUAGAAUUUAAUUAAUUUUGCUUAAUUGUUUAGUUACAUUUCCAAUGGUUCAUUAGAAACCAUCAAUGUUUAUUCAUUAGGUUCGCACGCGCCUUCAAUUCGUAAAUUAGCUUAGUUUUUUGUAAUUUUUAUACUUAAUUUUAUUAUUAAAAACGUGUUAUCUAUUAA